AUGAUUAAACCAAGAUAGAACUCUUUACAAGCUAUUCGUAUCAAUUAAUCAAGUGAAAAAAUAAUGAAAUCAAUUCCAAUUAAGCCAACAUCAUAGAGUGAAUUUCAAAAUAAGAAAUCAACUGAUCAUACAGAUCCUAACGAACUAAAACCUUUCUUAGAAGAUUUAAUGAGAAGAUAUGAUAAAAUAGCUAUUGAAUUACAAGCUGCUUAAUUGAAAGUACUUAAAACAAUUUCUUAUUAGAAUUAUGAAUAUAACGAUCAAAAUUAAAAAUUAAUUAAAGAAAAUGAGUAACUCAAAGAAGAAGCCAAAUCUAAAGAGAAUGAAGUCAAUUCUCUAUAUUCUAAACUUGCUGGAUAUUAAAAUAAGUAUGGUCAAUAAAUCGAUUUACUAUAAAAUGAUAAUAUGAAAGUAGUAUAAGUUUUGACAUAAAAAAUUGAUGAUUUAGAGUCUGAAUUAAAGUAAUAAUUCUUAUAUUACUAAGAAAAACUUAGAAUGAUUUAGAUUAUAAUAAAGGAUUAUUAAUUUUGAGAGAAUAAGAAGUAUUAGAAUGGAGAAGCAGAAAAUAAUUUGAUGAAUCAAAAACUUUAAAAGAAUUGAACUAAAUAAAAUAAAUAUUAUAAACAAAAGAAUAAGAAUUGUAAGCAUUAAGAAUAAAAUAUGAUUUCAAAUAAAAAACAACUUAAUCAUCUUCAGGAUAAUAAUUAGAAUUAGAUGCUCUUAGAUAAGAAUUAUAUAUUAAAGAAUAAUAGCUAAUAAAAAUAAAUAAUUAGGAGAAUUCAGAAUAAUGUAAUAUAUAUUAAAAUGAAAUAAAUAGAAUUAAUAAAAUUGUAAUUAAUUCAAUACUAUAAUUAAGGUAGUAGAAUUAAGAAAAGAAGUUGAAAAACUCAAAUAAGAAUAGGCUGAUUAUGAAUGGUUAAAGAGAAGAUAUGAAAAAGAACAUUAAAGCUUUUCUACUUUAAGAGUUUGAA